GGAUUCGAGGUAGGAGAUUAGGGUCAGGGUGUCUUUGUAGCGGUGGUAGCGGUGACGAGGGGAUGGGGAGAUUGACCGGGAGGAACCUGAGUUGCAAGGGGAUUUUGGUUCGAGGAAGGGGAUCUCGAUUUGGUCAAGAGGGAGCUGGGAUGGGCUUAUUACAGUGGAGAAUGGUGGGGAGGAGUGGAAGGGGGAGCUGUUUUGGCAAGGGUUUGAAGAAGGGGAGUUUGGAGCAUCUGGAGCCUCUGGAGCAUCUGGAGCGUUUGAAGUGGAGGUUAGUAUUCUCAAACUUUUCAUGUUCAUUUUCCUCAUUCCCACAAUCUCCCCCUUGCAGCCCAUCUCUUUCCAAGUCUCUCUCUUUUCUUUUCCCAGCCACCCCACUCAAACAUUCCUCUCCACUUUCUCCCUUCCUUUUCUCCGACUCAAGGAGUUGCUCACGUUGAAUUUCCACUACCAAAUCCUUCUUGAGCUCACUUUUCUUAAUCGUUUCUUCUUUAAUGUUCUGGUCUUGGCUUUCUUUGUGUUCUUGUUGUGGAGCCUCACUUGGGGGUGGCUUAAGAGGAAGGGUUUGAGUGGGACUGGGCUCGGCAGUGGCAAAGUUUUGGGGAUUUGGGGCUGUGAGGGGGAUUUGAGGGAGAGUGGAGGUUUUUGGGGCGGUUGGGGUGGGUUUAGGGGAGUUAGAUAGGUCUGGAAGGGAAGGAAUGGGAGAAGAGAUUUUGAGGGGUUUGGGAUCAGGAUUUGUGGGUUUUUUGGGAGUUGAUUUUUUUAGGGGUUCAGGAGUUUGUUUUGGGGAUUUUUUGUCUUCUUUUUCUUGAGAGUAGGAAUUUCAUUGGUCUCUUAAACUUUGCUCGAUUUCAUUUUUAUUAGUAUUUCGUUCAGAGCUAAAUUCUCUCUGCUUUCUUUCUUGUCUGUUCUUGUUAUCCCAACUCCUUU